AUGCAAGUCCCAACUGUCACUCUUGAAGACUUACAGGCUUUCCAAGCCUCACAUUUCCCAGGCCAUCCUCAAACAAUACAUCCUCCCGCCGCUGAACCUGCCGACGACGACACAUAUGAAGAUGGAGAGGAAGACCUGGGAUACUAUCCCGAUGGUGUGAAACGUACUCUCACGGAUGAGCAAAUCCGGAUCUUUAGACAUAGCGAAAUUCACGCACUACUCCGUGAGAGGCAGCUCCAGCAGGAUGAAGCUGAUUACGAAGCGAGGCGGGAGAAGAGCGAGGACGAACCACAUCAAACAGUCGGAGUCAAGGAGAAUGCGAUGAACGCUGUGGCGGAAUCUCCAUCUGUACAAGGCUCUGCGACUAUUGCACAACCAUCUUCGCGGCAGCAGCCCAAGGGGCUGUCCAGGCCCGUGCCGACGGCUGCGGAAUCUGAGUACCUCGACUACGGGGAAACCGACGAAACUUCGACGGAUAAAGGACUGACUCAAGAGCCUCAAAUCAUUCACCCGCGACGGAAGGUUAUUUCUUAUGAUGAUUGA